AUCCCUACUACGCUGCCACACGGUCAUUCCAGCCAACCAGCCAACCAGUCAACUAACCGACCGCAAGUCCCAUAGCACCGCGAGUACCGCUAGCUAUCUUGUGUAGCCUCGGAUCCGCUUUGGGUAAUACUGUAUAGCAUCCUGUGAUCCUCAGGGUGUGGUAUGACCCUCGUCGGAUGCUGCAUCCCUGUUUGCACUCAUCGUUUUAAAUACUACCUAUCUACACGAUCACUCUCUAAUGCCUCCGUACCUCAAGCUACCACUCUAUAGCCAGAACCGUCGUAACCAGCUGGCUCUUCGCAACCCCUCCUUGGGCAUCUUCCCUGCCGGCUUCUGUUAUUGAGCUGCUUCGUCCGGGCCUGCUUAUUCUCCAAAACGACGCUGUUCUUUUCAGCUAAGUUGUAGACUGAAUCGACUACAUUUCAGACGAACUCCGACACAAUAUCCUAAGCGAGUACAUUAGCGACGUUGCCGUCGAAAUUACUAUAUACUCUGACACUGUAGAUGGACAUCAGUGCGAGAUUCUCUAGAUUCACUAUCCCGAUCUUAUCUGGCGCCGCCCAUUACCUGCACUCUGGCUCAGUUGCGCUUUACAAAUAUCUGUCAUAUAACCCAACUGGCAUUGUUCGGUGUUUGGGGGGGAAUUUAAGGCUCCUAAGAAAGCAUAGAGCUGCAAUAAAGGUCGUACCCCUGGACCGACACCAUGAAGUUUGGCAAACAGAUCCAGAAGCGUCAGCUAGAGGUGCCUGAAUAUGCUGCUAGCUUCGUCAACUAUAAAGCACUCAAGAAGCUUAUCAAACGACUCUCCGCCACUCCAACUCUCAGCGCCCAAAAUGACCCUCAUCCUCCUCUCGGGACGCUAGACACACAGGUCGCCCUACAAGCGAAUAAAGCCAAAUUCUUCUUUCAGCUAGAGCGUGAAUUAGAGAAGGUCAAUGUAUUUUACCUCCAAAAGGAGGCAGAGCUUAAAAUUCGACUGAAGACACUGAUAGAUAAGAAGAAAGUCCUAAAAUCAAGACAAGGAGUCUCUAGACGGUCGGCGAAAUUCACUACCCUUGAGGAAGGCUUCCAGCAAUUUGCGAAUGAUCUGAACAAGCUCCAGCAGUUUGUUGAAAUCAAUGGCACAGCUUUCUCUAAGAUUCUCAAGAAGUGGGAUAAGACAUCCAAAUCCAAAACGAAAGAAUUGUACCUUUCUCGCGCUGUAGAAGUGCAACCUUUCUUUAACGCCACUGUUAUCAGCGAACUUUCCGACCAAGCCACAACAAGCCUGCAAGAGCUAGGCGCUUGGGCAGAUGGCGAUCAUGUCAAUUUCGAAGGGCGGACGGAGCAGCAUAUAGUGAGCAGCCAGCACCUAGUUGGAACCGACGAAAGCGAUGCCGACAGCCUAUUAUUGGAUACCGCUAUCUCCGGGAAUUUGGAUUCUUUACGGGACUUGUUGUCGAGGAUGCAGACUGCUUCAAACUCAGCACCUGCAAUGGACAUAUCUUUGAGGGAAAGGGUUACACGUACAUUUCUUGCCGCUGUUCAUGAAGCUCCACAAGCAUCGCUCGAAAUCUUGAUGGCAACCGGUCUGGUUGAUGUCCAAUCUGAAGACGACAUCAAUGAACGAAAUUGUGUCCACCAGGCGACAAUAUAUGGCAAUCAAUUUGUCUUGGAAAUUGGCCUCUCAGGAGGUGUUGAGGUCAACAGAACAGAUGUAUAUGGCAGGGUGCCUCUCCAUUAUGCAAGCAUGCACGGGCGUUUAGGCAUGCUCCAAGCCCUUCUCCAAGCAAAUCCCUCGACAAUCGACACGAUUGAUCACGAUAACUUCACUCCGCUGAUCCACGCUAUCAUUCACGGCCACAUGGAGUGCGUCCAGCUGCUAUUGAGUGCUUCGUCCCGUUUAGACCCCGUCUCAGAGACAGAUCACAUCCCUCUGAACUUAGCUUGCGAACAUGGCUCAAUAGAGAUUGUAGAGAUGCUGUUGCAACACGGCGCGCGUAUAUUAGCUGAUGCCGAGGGACUUUACCCCCAGCAUCUUGUGGCCCGGUCUGGACAAACCCCGCGACUGCUUCGUCUUCUAAAGCAGUAUGGGGCCGAUUUGGAUCAGAUCGACAAGCUCUAUGGAUGGACACCCUUAGUUCACGCUGCAAGCGAAGGCAAUGUCCCUUGUCUCCAGGAAUUACUGAGUGCCGGUGUAAAUCCGAAUAUCCUCGAUGAGAAGGAUCUGCCUGCAAUGUACUAUGCGGCCUGGGAGGGGCACUUGACAUGUAUGCAGCUUCUCACACCCUUUCAGAAGGGAAAAGCUGAGAGUCCUCUGGCAAUGCAAGCUUCAUUACUAGCACCUAUUGGUAGCAGUGGCGGACCUGUUCCGAUGUCACUAGAUGUCGACGCAAUCCCUGCCUUAGAACUGCCUCCUCCUAUUAUCCCACUGCGUCGAUACGGCCACAAUUUCUUAGAUACUAAAACAGUUGUGCAGAUCAGCUUCGAGGAUAACGGACAGCAGCCCCUCAACUUUUUUCACGAUAGUAAAUACCCUGCUGCCCGACUUACUAUUUCCUCUAAGCUGUCGGAUCUCAUACCAAAGAACAUCAUUCUACCCUUCCAGGAAGAUACCCGCCUUGUAUCCUUCCAGGUGGACAAUCUGGACACCUUCACACUCGAUUUUGAUGUGUUUCCAACUUAUGGAGCUAAAAUCAUCGCUAAAUCGGUUGCUCUUCCUGAUGCCUUUAGAUCAUCUUGGAUGAGCUCAGGUCGAUGCUGCCUGGCUCUGUUUGACCCACGACUUCGGGCUAUAGGGCAGAUUACCUUCAACACCCAAGUGAUCAAACCGUUUCGUGGAGCUCCGUUGGAGAUCACGGACUUCGAAACAUACUGGAAAGCUACAAGCCAACUCGAUCACAACCCCACUGUUUUUGUCACAGGAUCAAGCUUAUCUGGGGAGUUCGUCCAACUUCAUAUCCAGCACACCAGGGACGGCGUGCCUGUCGUCUGGCCAACGUGGAAGAUCCAUUGUGGUUUAGUCGAGAUACCAUUAACCCGUCUCACCUUCGAUGAAUUUACCGCUGUAACAGCAACGAGCCCUGCUCGAACACUUCUCUCGUCGGUAUCUUCCUAUGGUCAAGAAAACAUAAUUGAAGUUCACCAAAUUCUCUCGACGGCCGGGAUUUCUGUCGAAAAGGCUUUAUCCGUGCUUCCUUCUUCAAUGAACGUUAACCUCCAGAUUCUUUAUCCGUCAGAGGAUAAUGAGAAGAGAUUUGGUACUAAUCCAGCAAUGGAUACAAACAGCUUUAUAGACGCCGUUCUGACGAUCGUUUUCGACCACGCACGAGAACAACGAGCCAAAACAUUAUCAACCCCAAGCGCAGUGCGAUCUGUUGUCUUUAGCUCAUACAACCCCACUAUAUGCGCAACGCUCAAUUGGAAACAACCAAACUUUCCGGUGUUCCUCUGCAAUGAUCUCGGACGAGAAGAGACGAUGCUGGCACCAAACGUGAUCCAGAGCAGUGGCAGGAGAACAUUUUCGGUUAAGGAAGUUGUGAGGAUAGCACAGAACAACAACCUUAUGGGCCUCAUUUGUAGUGGUAGACUACUAGAUAUGGUACCGGCCCUGGUAGACGCCAUCAAGUCUCAUGGGCUUGCCCUCGUGGUCGAUCAAUCCACUCAACACCAGACGCAUCUAGAACCAUUCCCGCGAGUUCCUAAAGGUGUAGAUGGCGUUCUCAAGAGUAAUGGCAUCUUACGAUUUAACGAAUCCAUCGAUGUAUAGGCGAACUACCUUAGUCUGCCUGGAACUAAUUACAGCUACGGAGUACUCCUCGGUAAAACGGGUUGUUUGGAGAUAACUAUCCUUCUGCUUGCCAAGCCGAGUAUCUCGUUAUAACUUGCAAGGACAAAAUCUGAUAGGUAAGUAGGGAGUAUGGAAUGUGUCUAGCGGAUAGAUGGAACAUGAGAUACCCAGGAUUCAGGGACUAAGCAGUUGCCAUUUACAUGGAGAGGAUAGUGAAGAGCACUUGUCCUAGAUAACGAA